AGAAGGCGGGAGCAGUAAAUGUAAACGAAAGCAGGAAACUAUGACUCACAGAGGGAGAAGCCUGCGGCUGUGCAGAGCUGUUCCAUUGGUCAGUGCUCACACUAAGGAUUUCUGUUGACCACCAACUUUCUCUUUAAGACAAUCAUGGAGGUUGUGGAGCACAUCAUUUCUGCUGCUUUGAAGAUCUACAAACUGGUUGAGAAGGUAAAGAUCAACAAGAAUCGCUGUCGCUGCAUUUCUCAGCGAGUCAAGCAAUUGGAGGAGCUGGUGAAAGCCGUCAAGGAGAGGGAUGCAGUCAAAGUUUCACCUCAGGUAAAAAAUGCCCUUCAAGAACUUUCCACAACCUUGGAUUCAGCUCAGGAGCUUAUUGACAAAUACACCAAGGACAACUGGAUAAAGCGCCUCCUGAAGACCGGCAGCCAUGAAGAGGAGUUUGACACUGUGAACAAACAGCUCACUGAUGCCUUCCAAAUUCUCAGUGAAUAUCUGAAUUUGGAGCAGAGCAAUGCGAUGUACGAGUUGUUUAAGCUUGCAAAAGAUGCUGAAGCCUGGAGAGAGGAUGAUGAAGAGAUAAAGAAAUCCAUCCUGGACUAUGAGGAGGCCAUGAAGAAAGAGUUGGAGGAGGUCAAAACCAGUGUGAAAAUAAUCUUGAAGAUUUUGGCUGAGAGAGAAACCCCUCGUGAGGAAAUCCGAAAGAUUAAACCAGAGGAGCUGACGUAUAUCCCACAAUUUCCCAAAAAGCCCAUUUUGACCACACCAACCUCAGAGGUCUUCAAAGGGCAAUAUUGUGGGUUCACAGUGGCCAUCAAGAAAUACAAAGUCCCCUCCAACACCGACCUAAAGAAUUUGGAGGAUAUUUUCAACAAGGAAGUUGGCACCUUGAAGGAGUUUGAGUCACCCAACAUCCUGCGAAUGUUUGGCAUUUGCAUCCUGGAUAGGGACACCCAGAACCCUCAGUACCUCAUCAUCCAGGAAUACUGUGAAAAAGGAACUCUUCGCGAUGUUUUGAGCUCUGCUUGCGAACUGUCUUGGCCCAUGAAAGUUCGUAUGUGUCUGGAUGCUGCACGGGGACUCUUUCGAUUGCACCAGACAGAGGCAAAAAGUAAGGUUCACGGGAACAUCAACAGCAGCAAGUUCUUAGUAGCUGAAGGCUACUUAGUGAAGCUGGGAGGUUUCGAGUUAACACAAACAGAAACAACACUGAAAAAUGCGACAAAGGAGAAAUCAUCAGCGAUCAGUUCUCUGUGCUACACCUCUCCCCAACGUCUGGAAAGCAUCCAUCACAAGUACAACAAACAGUGUGAAAUUUACAGCUUUGGCAUUGUCCUGUGGGAAAUUACAACACGUAAAAACCCUUUUGAAGGUUUCACAGAUGUUGAAAUUUAUAAGAAAGUGUGCAACAGCACAGAUGGCUGUCCUCUUGAUCUUUCUGACAUCCCUAAACCCCUGCAAACGCUGAUCAGUACUUGCACAGCUUACAAUGCCUUUGAUAGGCCAUCUGCUGGAGUUUUGAGGGAUGAAUUGUGCAAAAUGGAGCUACAGUCAGAGGAACAGUAAAACCCUUUCUACUGGUUGGGAUCCCUUUUAGGAGAAGAUCCAGCUAAAUAAAACAGAUUUAUAACUGUUGGUAACAUCACUCAAAAACAUUGACUUUUGUCACAGCUGAUGGAAGCAUGUCUUUGGCUAUCUGGUAAUGGUCUGUAAGGUUUACAGGGUUUGAUUUUUUUUUUCUCUCUAAGUGUUAAACUCUGUUAAGUUCAUGUCUGGGUUUGCUGUUCGUCUCAACUGUCUACACACCAGGGACCUCAUUAUGAAUGCUUGCAUACCUUUCAUAGUAAAAAAUGGCAUGCAACUAAAUCUGGGAAAGUACAUACAUACACCCAGAAAUCUUCAGAAUUAAACACGUACCUGUGCAUCUGCACUUGAGCUAUGAAAGAGAUAAAUCUUUGAAAUUGGCACAUUAUUUUUUUAACACAAUAACGUGUUAAAGUUAGUACACAAGCCGUAUUAAAAUCUGAAUUUGACAUUAUUUGUGCAUAAGAAGCUGAUUUUGUGCAUUUACAUGCUUUAUCACAGUGGUGAACCACCAAAAAAAAACAAAAAAAAAAACACUUUAUCCUCCUUAUUUUUGAAGAUUUUUACCGUUUUCCAGCCUUAAAUUUAGAGGAUGGCUGCAAGAUGACUCAUUUAAUACAUCACACAAUCACUAAGUCGUCGUGUGGGGUU